UGCUAGGGUGGGAUUUUCAGCCUCUUGAGCGCCGUGUAUUUCUGACUGCCUGUCUAACGACCUUAGAGAAAAUUAACGGUAGCAGCGGCGACGAACUAGCGAAACCUUACGUGUUCAAGGGUUGCACUGAACAGACCUCCAGAUUUAUGCAUCCACGAUAGGAAUAAAUAAUUAAGGAAUGUGGACAUUACAGAAUGCCCAACAGCGCUGGAAAGAGAUUUAAACCCACCAAAUAUAUCCCGGUGUCCACUGCAGCUACUCUUCUUGUUGGAUCCACCACUUUAUUCUUCGUUUUUACGUGCCCCUGGCUUACGAAGGCAAUCUCCCCAGCUGUGCCCCUGUACAAUGGCAUCGUUUUCCUCUUUGUUCUGGCCAACUUCAGCAUGGCUACCUUCAUGGACCCUGGCGUCUUUCCCAGAGCCAACGAAGAUGAGGACAAGGACGACGACUUCCGGGCGCCGCUCUACAAGAACGUGGAGAUCAAGGGCAUCCAGGUGCGAAUGAAGUGGUGCGCCACCUGCCACUUCUACCGGCCGCCACGCUGCUCUCACUGCAGCGUGUGUGACAACUGCGUGGAGGACUUUGACCACCACUGCCCCUGGGUGAACAACUGCAUUGGGCGGCGCAACUACCGUUACUUCUUCCUCUUCCUGCUGUCCCUGAGCACCCACAUGGUGGGCGUCUUCUCCUUCGGUCUGCUCUUCGUGCUCCACCAUCUGGAGCGGCUGGGCGCCCUGCACACCACUGUGACUCUGGUGGUCAUGUGCAUAUCAGGGCUGUUUUUCAUCCCCGUCGUCGGGCUCACCGGCUUCCAUAUGGUGCUUGUUGCCAGGGGUCGCACGACAAACGAGCAGGUGACUGGAAAGUUCCGCGGAGGAGUGAAUCCAUUCACCCGUGGUUGCUGUGGCAACGUGAAGUAUGUUUUGUGCAGUCCCCUGGCUCCCAGGUACAUGGUGGCUCCCAGGAAGAAGCCUGUCGUGCCUAUCCAGCCACCUUUCCUGCGGCCAGACCUUUCCGACAGACAACUCACCAUCAAGGUUAGCGACAAUGGAAUCCAUAGCAGCAUCCUCCGGACAAAAUCUAAAAUCAGUCUUGCUGACCUGGAUGACAAAGGCAUGGAGAUGCAGCCACCUCUUCCCCCAAAAGCUGACCGCUAUAACCAUCUUAAGAACCAGCUGACAUCCAGUGAGGAGAGUUCCUUGUCCAGUAAUCCAGUGAACCCUUCUACCCCAGCCAUGUACAAGUACCGGCCCUCUUUUGGUACCAUGCCCAAAGUACACUACCAUGCAGCUGGAGAGAAGAUUGUAAUACCGGAUGAUUGUAACACAUCUGCCAUCUUGGAGGAGAGCGGGCGGAGCCACGACUAUCGCUCAGAGCCCAACCUGGACCUCCCUGACUACAGCAGCACUCCGCUCCACCGCACUUUCCAGUCGUCGCCCCUGCAGCUGGACCAGUUCAGCAUCAACUCUCGCUCGCUCAGCCUCAAACAGCACCGGCACGCGGCCGACAAGGCUCGGGGCCUGGGGGCCGGUAGGGUUGAGGCGGUGGGGGCCGCUGCUGCAGUGGCGGGUACGCCUUACAAGGGCGUGUAUACACCGGGCACGCUGUCCAACCGCAACGGGAGCCUGUCGUAUGACAGCCUGCUCAACCCCAGCUUCGCCUCUCCGCCGGCGUCGGCGGGGGAGUGCGUGGUCCACCCAGGCGUGCCUUCCAUGGGCUUCCACUCACCCUACCUGCCAACGAAAAUGUGCCACGUGCGGGGGCCCGAACUCCAGCGACACGCGCCUCCGCCCGUCACCGCCACCGUCACCGCCUCCUACAGCCCCGUGCGGAUAGGCGGCUUCAAGGGCCGGCGCUCACCGCACCCGCAGCAGCCGCAGGAGCGCGACCCCUCGCCCGUGCGCUACGACAACCUCUCCAAAACCAUCAUGGCCUCCAUCCAGGAGCGCAAGGAGCUGGAGGAGCGGGAGAAACUCAUGCACCUGCACGGCCACCGCCAGCCGCCGUCGGCCAGCUACGCCGGCGCUGCUGCCGACUCGGGCGUGUUCGACGCCUGCAGCUACGGACUGCCGCCCAGCGCCUGCUACGCGGACGGGCCCCGGGGCCCCGGCUCGCAGGUGGGGCCCGCCAGCUACGGCGGCUCGCGGGAGAACCUAGUGGGGGGAGUCGGUGGAGGUGGGGGGGUGAUGGGCUACGGGGCACGGACCCCGAUACUGCGCUCGGCGGCCUCCUCUCUGGCGCGUGCCCCCAGGACUUCCUCCAGCUCGCUGCACACAGACGGCCGGACGGCCGAGCCGGCCUCCUACCGCUCGCCCGCUCACCAGCCGCACCACUCCCCCGCUCCCAUCCCCCGCUCCCCCUCCUACUCCCACCAGAAGGUCUCCUUCAUUAGCGCUCUGGAGAGGAGCGACUCGCCACGCAUGGGCUCCCCCAGAGAGGACAUGGCCCAGGUGAAAAUUAAUGGACAACCUAUGGGUCAAAUGCGAGACUGCCACCUAGGGACAACCUCCGGUACCCCGGGCACCCCUCUCAGCCCCGCCCGACACACCAGUGUGAAAAAGGUGUCGGGGGUGGGGGGCACCACCUACGAGAUAUCGGUUUGAGAAUGACGGUCUCUCUCCCAACUACCCAGCCCAACGCCACCCACAGGAGGUAGCACUGCCAAGGCAAACACCACCACCACUACGCGUGCUAGAAGAGACAUGGGUCGCGGCCUUUCCUUUUUUAACCUCAUCCGAACACUGUAUAUUGACCUAUCAGAGGCUGGCAAAUCCGUUACCAAUAACAAAACGACUGCCAAAGUAGACAUCCUCUGACCUCUGUGGUUUGGCCCAGUGCAUGUGUAUGUGUGUGUGUGUAAGUGUGUGGGCACAAGUCUCAAUGGUGGAAAACGUCAAUAGCUGUGCUCCCUGGCUUAUGUUGUGGUCUUACAUGCCCUCAGCAAAAAAGAAAAAAAAAAAAAGAAAAAAGAAUAUGAUGAAGGCACUUCUGUGUUGUUGAGAAGUUGCUUAAGUAGCGCACAUACGCUAACGCUGGGUGGGCAGAGAACAGCAACGAGGCUAGUUGUAGCCUCUUCUCUUUAAAGGCUAGUACUCUGUGUCUAUUUUCUCUGUCCAUUCUCAGGUAAUGUUAUAUUACCAUGAUGGAGAAAAAUAAGGUGCUCACAGUGCCCAUUUGAGUCCAUUUGUUUUCUUUUUUGUACAUCCCCCAUUCAAAUGUAUAUGGUAAUGUUAAAGACUUUAAAUGCAUUUCUUCUUGCUAACAUAUUUGUUGCUUCUGUUAUUUGUAUUAUUUCCAGUGUUCUAACCAAGUCCUUGAGAAUCUGUUAUGUUGAAGCAUUACCAGUACUCAUGUGCAUUUAAUGCAUAUCCAUAGUUUGUAAGCUAGUCUUUUGAAUGAGAUUUUUGUUGUUUUCAUGUUUUUUUUUUUUUGCCUAAACUAUGCUUUCAAAAGAGAAACAAUGUUUGUAAACUAUUGCAGGUCCUCACACAUUGUUUGCACUGAUAUACUCAGCACAAGACAGGCAGAUAUCUGUACCUCCUGGCAUUUGCCCCAAGUUAAUCUAUCGAAUCUAUUUCCCUGGGGAUUGUAGAUUGGUUUUCAGACAUCAUACAAAUUCCAUGACUUGGCUGACCCAACAGGGGGUGCUAAUGUGCAUCCAUGUCAGUAUCGGUCUUAGUUCAGUGUGGCACUCAACCAUGAGCAAUCAUAAAGACUCAUUUUCUUUUUAAAUUUAGUUAUUUGUUGGAACAAAUCUAAUGCAGUGGUGGAUUGCAUUUAUUAAAAGUUUCUGUAUUUAUUUUUAUACCACAUCAAUGGAAUGGAUACAUUUGCAAUAGAUAUUCAUAUGUGAUUCAUGGCUACAUGGCCUAUUCAAGCAUACAGGUCAAGCAUUGCUGUUUUUUAUGAGUUUGAUUUUUUUUUGUAUACCCAACCUUUCAAUUGUUUGAUACAUCCUGCUUUUUUAUACAGAUAUUCAAUUAAAGCGUGAAUGUUUGUAUUUUGAGUGGUUUUUGUGCAUAAUUGAAAUAAUUUAAAUAAAUAAAUAAAAAAAAGUACUCAAAAACAAUAUUUGGGUUAUAGAAGGUAUAAUUGUAUGUUGAAAUAUUUUGCAGUGUAUUAAAAUAUAAAAAGGAUAAGAAAAUAUGAGGCAAUGUACUUAAUGGGUUUGAAUGUUGUUAACAAGCCUUGAUUCAAGAUGUGGCCUGAUAUGGUAACAGACCUGUCAUACUUACACAGCUGUUUUUUUUUGUUUUUUUUUUUGCAUACCUGACUGCCUGUAUUUUACAUGUACGUCUCAUCAAAAUGUCCCAGACAAAAAUUCCCUGCCAUUUCCAAAGGCUGUCUGGCACAGCAUACGUACAUAUAUUAUUUCAUGUAUAAAUUCAUGGAAAUUGCAGGAUUUUUGUUGAAAUGAAGAUUUCCUUUCUGAAGAAAUAUAGUUUGAUAUCCAGGUACACUUUAUUAUUUUUUGUUCAUCAAAAGUAUCUCAUUAAAUAUAGCUUGAACGUU